AUGAACUCGGCCUAUGGCUCUUCGGAUGCGCCCCGGCAGGCGCCUAUCGGAGGCCAUGGCUCUGUGCCGUCUCUCCCUCCAGUUGUAAGUCCCAGCUCGGCGUCAAACUCCGCGUCUCUGGACCAUCUGUACCAUCACCAGCCGCGCCAUCCACUUCCUACUGGUGCUGGUGCUGGACCCCAUUCUCCAAUCCAGAGUCAAGCUCCUCCACACCUGCAACCUCACUUUCAACCUCACCAGGGUCAGGGCCAGGUCCAGGGCCAUCACCACCAGGAACGAGACCACCAGCUGCCGCCACCCAUCAACGCCUACAACACACACCCCCAGCAACACCAGCAUGAGCCUUUGCCACCGCGGGUGCUGGACCCUGCGUCCAACGAGCAGAGAGAUCAGCAGCAGCCUCCUCCUCCUCCUCCUUCUCUUCCUCCUCAGCAUGUCCUCGAACGCCAAUCCGGGUCUCGCGAAUCGUUCAGUGCCUUGAUCCACGCCGAGGGACAGCAGGUUGGGUCGGCAAGUAUGCUCGUUCCAUUCUCAAAGAGCGACGAGCUUACGGGUCGCAAGUACCACCUUGAUGUAGUCCAGCAGCCUCGACGAGCCCGCAUGUGCGGCUUCGGUGACAAGGAUCGACGGCCAAUUACACCACCGCCCUGCGUACGGCUUGUCAUCACCGAUCUCGCUACCGGAAAGGAGAUAGACUGCAAUGAUAUUGACCAUUCCAUGUUUGUACUUAACGUUGAUCUGUGGAACGAAGAGGGCACACGCGAGGUCAACCUCGUUCGAUCUUCCACAAGCAGUCAAUCAGCAACCGCAGUAUCUCUGCCACACACUGCAAACUACCCCCCAGAAUACCAGACUCAGCCUCCUCAGCCUCCCCAGUCUACUUACAUCACCCAAGGCUCUGCAGCGUAUCAACCUACCACAUACGGGCCCCCGACACAGUAUUUUCCACGGCAUCAGACGUAUGGCUCGGAUGCGGGGCUCCCUGGAGCGGCUUUUGGAGGAUAUAUGGAUCCAAACUCCCUGACGAAAAUGGCCGUGGUCGGUGGCCAGCCUCAGGGUAUGUUCACACGGAAUCUCAUAGGCAGCUUGGCCGCAAGCGCCUUUCGCCUAACUGAUACAACGGACCAUCUCGGUAUCUGGUUUGUCCUGCAAGAUCUGAGUGUGCGAACAGAAGGACCAUUUCGCUUACGAUUCUCUUUUGUCAACGUCGGCGCUCCCGGAGGGGCUGGAAAGGUCAAUACAGGAAGGGCUCCGAUAUUGGCGUCUUGUUUUAGCGAGGUGUUUAAUGUUUAUUCCGCCAAGAAAUUCCCCGGAGUCUGCGAAAGCACGCCUUUGAGCAAGACGUUUGCCGCUCAGGGCAUCAAGAUUCCCAUUCGCAAGGAUGCCAAUGGCAAGGGUGGAGAUGGGGAGGAUGAUUAUGUCGACUAA